UGGAGUAGCCAGCGAGCCCUGCGGUUCUGGACGUGCGAGUGCGCUGCGCAGCAGAGGACUCAGAAGGGCUUGGGGGAACGGCUGAAGAACAAAGGCCAGCUUGUGGUUCAUGGGAAGGAAGUGAAAUCUUAGGUAACCCUUAUGCGCGGGGGUAUUUGGCUCCGAGGAAGCCCGGUGAGGACAGGGCUCCUGCCGUCCUGGUGUGGAUCUCGUGUCUCUCUCGAGUGUGGGUGAAGAUGAGUGUGCUGUUACAGCAGGCAGUGACACUCCAAGACGUGGCGAUAUACUUCACUCCAGAAGAGUGGCGGCUGCUUGCUGACGAUCAGAGGACGCUGUAUUGUGAUGUGAUGCUGGAGAACUUGAGGACCCUGAUCUCACUGGGGUUUCCAGUUACUAAAACAAAGGUCAUCUUUAAGGUGGAGCAAGGGCAAAAGCCAUGGAAGGUGAAGAGAGAGGAUCCAUAUUGGAGCCAGAUAGAAGUCGUUUGCCUCCUUCGUGAGUUAGAGAGACAGGAGGGAAGCAACAACAAUUUUUUUAAUCAACAUACGUUCGUCAUUGAGAAAACACUGUCUAAGGAGAGAGACCAGAAUUGUAAUCUGAGUGCAAACAUUAUCUCUUCAAGACGAAAACAACAUGAAUCAAAUGGAAAGAGUUUGCAUUCUAAUUUACACUUACUUAGUUAUAAUAAAAAAUAUAAUGGAGAAAGCGCCUGUGAAUACGAGGAAUGUGGGAAUGCUUUCAAAAACAAGUUUUAUCUCAUUAGGUAUAAGGAAAAAGCAUACAAGAAAGAAAUCUGUGAACAUGAUGACCAUGAGAAAACCUUCCCAGAGGAGGCUCAUCCCUUUAGACUAGAAAGAAAUUAUCCAAAGGGAAACAAGACCUUUGCAUGCAGUGACUGUGGGAAGAUGUUUGACGAUAAGGAAUACCUUGUAGCUCAUCAAAAAACGCAUGGUGUAGAGAGAGCGUUUGUGUGCAAUGACUGUGGGAAAGCUUUUAUGCGGAAAACCCAACUCAUGGCCCACCAGCGACUUCACACUGGAGAGAAACCUUACAAGUGCAGUCAGUGCGGGAAAACAUUCACUUGGCAUUCCUCCUUCAAUCAGCAUAUAAAAUCUCACACACUCGAGAACUUGUUUGAGUGUAAGCAGUGUGGGAAAACCUUCAAGUAUUGUUCAUCCCUUUAUAAACAUUGUAGAAUUCAUGCAGGAGAGAAACCAUACCGAUACCGAAAACGCAGCAAAGCUCAUGCUGACUCCUCUGUGUUUCCCAUGCGCCAGAGAACUCACUUGGACGAGAAACCCUAUGGAUGCACGAAGUGUGACAAAGCCUUCAACAGGAAGUCCCACCUCCUGCAACACUACUUAACUCAUCUAGCAGAGCAGCAGAAUACGUGUAAAUCUGUGCGAAGUCCUCCCCAGAGGACACAUGUCAUUCUCCCUCCAGGGAGUCAUGAGACAGUGGAAGGUGGGAUGAUGCAAAAGUAGCCUUUUUAGCAGCAAAGAAUUCAUCACGAGAAAAACACUAUCAACUGGACAGAGGUGGAAAAGAACGUUCUGAAAUUCAUAUUCUGUGAUACUGAUUUUAUUGAGAAGAUGACAAAUUUUUGAGGUAUAGUUUUAUUAUAGCAUAUAAAGCUUAGGAAGUUGUGACAAAAUGAAUAAUGAGGCUUCAUGUUGACAAUAGUUACAUAUAGGAGAAUGUGUUCUGAGUAAUAGUCUUUAUACAAAUGUAGAAAUAUCUGCAUUGCUUAAGAAUUUUGUAUAACCACAGAUUGAAAUACAUCCUAUGUACAUUAUACGAAAUUAUAUCUGUCAUGGUGAUGGUGGCACAAUAUUAUGAGUGUGUAGUUCCAGCAAACUGUGCACUUAAAAUGGCUGAAAUAGCAAAACCUAUGUAUAUUUUACCACAAUAAAAAAAAUGAAAUUUUUCAAAAGUA